AUGUACCCGGAAUGCGAUCCGCGCGCACAUCAACAUGCCGACGCUGUUGGACAUGUUUACGAGUGUGAAACCUGCACGGAGGCAUGGUAUCUGUGGCAAGAUGCUUCUGCACACAUGGAUGAGGAGGAUCAUUGGGAGAAAGCACACAAAUGCGAAGCGUGCCAACAAAGCUUCCAUUCGCGGGCAGAAGCUAAGCAACACAUCAUCCAUCGCGGCACCGACAUUGCUUGUCCGUUCUGUAAGCGCGGCUUUGCAACAGCUACUAGCAUAACGCAUCAUCUCGAGACCAGCUCCUGCAAGAAUGCUCGCUCUUUUAACCGCAAUACUAUCUUAACAGAAGUCCGUCGGCGUGAUACAAGCCAAUUAAUCACUAAGAAAAAUCUACAUAUUAGCAUGCACAAAUGCUAUCUUUGCCACAAAGGCUUUUGUGAACUUAAAACUCUAAACAACUACGUGCAUUUGCCGGCGCACAAAGAGCACGUGUAUCACUGCCCAGGGCGAAUCUAUAGACGCGAAUUUCGAUCGCUUGCUUUCCUCUUCAAUCAUCCUAAGAGCGAGACAUGCGGUGUGAGGUUUGAUGCUGUACAGAGGAAUUUUGGUGGGACGUUGAGUGGACAAAGGAGCAUUGGAUCUGUAUAA